AUGACUUCCACAUCCUCCAUAGAAGAUAUCCUGAAUGAAAUCGAAGCCAACCGCGAUGACUACAUCCAACUCCUCCAGCACUUCAUCCAAGCCGCGAGUCCAAACCCACCCGGCGACACGACAAAAGCGAGCCAGGUAAUCCUAGACUUCCUCUCCCAGCACGGCAUAUCCGCGGACAUUAUAGCGCCUCAAGCGCACAUGCCCAAUAUAGUCACCGACUUCGACGGCAAACAAGGACCCGGGCCGCGAGUCGUAUUCAACGGCCACAUUGACACCUUCCCUGCCAGCGAAUCAGAGAAAUGGAAGCGAGAUCCGUACUCAGGACAUAAUGGCGGAAGUUCCAUCCAUGGCUUAGGAGCCGUGGAUAUGAAAGCAGGCACAGCAGCUUCCGUGAUUGCAUUCACAUUGUUGAAGAAGCGCGCGCAGCAUCUCAGGGGAAGUAUUGCUCUCACCGCCGUCUCGGACGAAGAAACAGGCGGAAAGUACGGGACAAAGUAUCUCCUUGAGCAGACUGGCAGUGACCGGUGGAAAGGCGACUGCGUCAUCAACGGCGAGCCAGGUGGUCUUCAAUCCGUGCGCUUCGGCGAAAAAGGUUUACUGCGGUUGAACUUCACCGUCAGCACGCGCGGCGCAAACGGCGCAUACAAGAACCUCAGUCGCGGCGCGAAUAUCCUCGCCGCGCGCCUCAUCACCGCACUACAAGAGACGGUAGAAGCCCUACCAUCCGACCUCCCACAGGAUCUCAAAGAGCACUUCGACAACCCCGAUGUGCGUGACGUGGUAGAUGAAAUCAUAGGCCCUGGCUCGUUGACUAUCCUUCCAGUCCACGUCAUCCCCUCGCAAGCCGCUUUUACCGCAGACAUACGCCUUCCCAUCGGUCUAACGCGCAACAAGGUCCUCGCUCAAAUCAACAUUAUACUAAAAGAUUUCCCAGAAGCAUCCUACGUCGUCCAUGAAGCGGCUAGUAACCCAGCCAACUACCUUGCGCACGACCAUCCGUUCGCAAAAUGUAUUACCGAUGUUACUGAGCGUGUUACAGGGAGCAGACCGCUUCCGCUGGCUGGCAUGGGCGGGACGGAUUGUAAGUUCUUUCGUUAUAAAGGUGUGCCGGCGUUUGUGCUGGGGGUCUCUCCAAAGGGCAUGGGGGCGAGGGGUGAGGCUGUACUGAUUGAAGAGUUUGUUGCUGUGGUUAAGGUGCAUACUUUGGCUGUUUGGAAGUGUUUGUCUGUGGGGCAGACAUGAAGUAGGUAGAACAGAGCAGGUU